AUGCCUAUCGUCAGAAUAGGUCCAACAUUUUCUUCUCUCCAAAAAUACAACGUCAACGAUGACCAAAAUCCAUUUCUCGUCAAUUCUGAACAUUUCACUGGAUAUAUAACAGGUCGGUUUAAACCAACAAAUUUCGAUCGAUCCGAUCAUUUAUGGACUUUUGAUGACUUACUAUUUUGCGCUGAAACUGAAAGAUCUAUAAGUCCACCAAUGGGCGCUUCUCUUGUCGUUAAAUUUGCUAGAUAUAUAGAUCCAGGUUUUACCGCUGAUGGCAUGUUUCUAGAGAAAAGACCUUGGGCUGGUACAGAUGACGAUAAAAAUACGUAUUACGAUGAAAAAAUGGACAUUUCCAAGAAAGAUUUAUUACCGGAAUUUCCCACAAUUUCGUGUGAUCAUUCUUCUUUAUUACCCGUGGAUCCUUGGAUUUAUCAUGGUCAAAAUCAUCUAAGUGAAGAUACUAGUCUUAUCUUUACUGAUAAAAAGGUCAAUCUUAAUUCCAAAAAGCAUUUGUUUGUAGGGAUAAAAAGGGUGAUUCCAUUUUUUUUGUAA